ACUCGAUUGACGUGCCAGACGACAGACGUCCGUCCAUCCAUCCAUCCGUCCGUCCAUCCAUCCACACACUGACCACCCGUGAAGCAAGCAUGCAGGCGACAACACCUUCAUAUAUACAGCCAGCCAUGCAGCCAGGGUAGCAAGCUCUCUAUCCCAGCAAAUGCACACACACACACCUACACCUACACAGACGCUCCCCCUCCAGGAGCAGAGCCCAUUUCUCUCCCUCCCCGAUUGCCUCCCUCCUUGCCUGUGUAUCACGAUGUGUCUGUCUCUGUGAGGGGCUUUUUCAUGAUCUUGGUGAAGUCCUCAUACUUGAUGAAGUUGCCAUCCUUGCCUGAACAGACACAUACACGCACAUACGCACAUCGCAGGGAGGGCGGGUGCAAUGUCCACACAUCCAUCCAUCCAUCCAUCUCGUUGUGUGUGUGCGUGUGCCCUACUCGCGAACAUCUUGAUCAUUUCCUUGAGUUCGUCCUCAGUCACGGUGUCGCCCAAUGUCUUCGCUGCCUGAAUCGACACACACACAUAUACACAGGAAGCCCUGGUCUUAACGCCACUGCCUCUUCCCUUGUAGACAGCACAGGUGCACUCGAGCGUACGUACCUUUUUGAGUUCAUUGAGUGUGAUCCGGCCGUCCGCUCCCCCGAACUCCAUCCACACCUUGCUGAUCUCGCUGUCACUCGAGUCGGGGCCCUGCGCAUUCAUUGCACAGAUGACAUUGACCAUCCGCCGCUCAUCCACUCCAUCUCCCCUUUGUCCGUCCGUCCCACAUACUGCCUGCCUGUACCAGUUUGUCGCUCAUGACACUGUAGAACUCCUCCCAACUGAUGUUGUUGUCCCCGCCCUUGUCCACGGUGCUCAACACCUUGUCCAACGCACCUAAACUCUUGGCAUCGCGAAACCUGUGGACAAAUUCCACACACGCACACACGUCACACGCACACACCAGACGGAUGGAUGGAUGGAAUCCCCGACCGCUUACCCAAGUUCGUGCAGCCGUUCCAGUAUCUCGUCUUUUUCUAUCUGUCCGCUGCCAUCCUGGUCAAACAGGUCAAACGCACGCUUGAUCUGCUGGGUCUCGGGGUCCUUCAAAUCAAUAUGAUCCUGCAACCACAGCCACCACCGCCACACGGAAUGAAAUGGAGGCUGGUGGCUGUAUGCCGUGUUGCUUACCGCAGUGGUCGGCGCCCUACCGAUCAUUUCCAACGACUACUCCUUUUCGCUUUUUUCCAGCAGCCGGUUUCGAG